AUGGCGGAUCACAGACAAUCCUCUGAUACUCCUAGCAGCAUCCCGGACGACCUGAUCCCCGAGAUCAUCUCCCGCCUGCCCGCCCGAGCGGUCCUUCGUUCCCGCGCCAUCUGUAAGCUAUGGCGCAGCAUCAUCGACGACGACCGGUUUCCCCACGCCCACCGCCGACAUCAGCCGCACAUGCCCCUGCUGCGCCUCUACCGCGACGGCAGCCUAGCGCCCCCGGAACUGAACCCGCCGCACUUGCGCGUCCGCAUCGAAGGCAUCGACCUCCGCGCUCGCGCGUCCCAGCCGGUGAUCCGUUUCGCCGUCGCUCAAGAGCACAAGCAUGCCAUCGAGUCCGAGGAGCAGCGGCCGCGACGGGACCGCAAUUUCCGGUACAUCGAUCCGGCGAAGCUGUCGCACCCCAGCGCGUUCGACGUCCACGGCUCCUGCGACGGCGUCCUCCUCAUCUCCCACGGAUGGAGCAUAUAUGCAUACAAUCCUGCCACGCGCUGCUGGGCCGACCUCCCCGAAAACGACAGCACCGUCAUCGGCUUCUACGUGCAUCGCCCUUCCGGCAACUUCCAUAUCCUUUUGUCCAACCGGCUCCGUCGUGCCGAGCACUGGGUCUUCACCAUGGGCCACAAGGUGGUCCAGAGGCGCAUUCCCUCCCCCGAGUUUCUGUCCGAUCAGAAUAGGAUCCGCCCCGCCUGCGAGUCGCCGCCGGCCCUCGUCUCCGGCAACCUGCACUGGCUGCCGCAGAGCUUCCAGAGCGACAGACAACUGCUGGCGUUCGACACCGUCUCGGAGACGUUCCGGUGGAUGAGCCCACCCAACGUAGAUGCGGACGGACGGGCGCUGCUCGAGCUCGAGGGCAUGCUUACCAUGACCGUCAUGCGCGGGGAGAGGACGGUGCAGCUCUGGGUCAUGCCGGACUACCAGCAACCUGCCUGGUUCUGCAAGCUCCUGAUAGAACUUUAG